AUGGCCCGCUCAAAAGGACGCAAGAACGCAUAUCAGUCUACCCAAUCCGGCACAGCUUCGCCCGACCCCUCCCCGUCCUCUCAUCAAGCCACUCCGAACGAAGGAGCUGACCGUCCUGCCUCACCCACGCCCUCGAACGCGACCACCGCAGACGAGGACGACAUGGACGACUUUGAGGACGCGCAGGGAGGAGAAGCGGCUGGCAGAGCGGGAGGGAGCGACGAGGGAGACGAGGACCCGGAAGACGGCCAGGUGGGGAACACUCGCGACGACGGCGCGCGGGACGGUCGGGAGGGUGCGGAUGGGGCGAGUGAUGACGUGAAUGGCGCAAGUGCGGAACAGGGAGACGCCGACGAGGACGCCCAUCUCGCCGUCGACGGCGGCCGGUCCGGAGACGGCGACGGCGACGGCGACGACAGCGGCCGCUCUUCGCCCGACCGCGCACCGACGCCGACGCUCUCUUCGACGAACCCGUCCUCUGCGACGGGAACGACUGCCGGACGCACCUCGUCACCGCCGUCGUCUCGCCCGACUUCGGUCGCUUCGUCGUCUGGCAUCGACGGGUUGAGGCAAGGCGCCAACAGGCUCUCGCUCGCUCUCUCGGACGACAGUCCAGGCGAGCGAGACGAUGCAGACGUCGACACCGACUCGCCUUCGAAGCGCCCCCUCUCCCUCUCCUCCGCUCCGGAAACGCCAACUUCACCCUCCGGUUCCUCCUCUUCCGCCCCUCCACCCCCCUCACUCCCGCGCGCCCGUUCCUCGCUCCUCGCUUCCUCUCUCUCCGGUCCCGCUCAAGACCCCACGAACGUCGGCCGCGACGCGAGCGCCAGCCUGACACAAGCUGUGUGGAGGCAGAGUCUCGGGUUGAACGCGAGUCCGGGAUCGAACGGGUUGGUGAAUGUUGUUUUGAGUGAUAAUGAGGAGGAGGUCGAGGGGGAGGAGGAGGGGCCGAGUACGCCGAGAAGGAGGGGGGCGAACGGGUCGCCUGGAAAACGGAGAUCGGUCUUGUCUUCUUCAGCGGGCGACGACGACUCGCAUUACGGCGACGAAGACCUCGACCUCGACGCCGAAGCGGACGAAUCACGCGACUCGUUCCCCUCCCCUUCUUCCUCGCACUCUCCCUCCAAAUUCACCUCGACCGCGAACCCUCGUUUCCCCCGAACAUCCGCCCACCUCAUGCCUUCCUCUCCCUCGCGCGACAGACAAGGCAGCAUCGCCACUCCGCAUGCAGCAGACGGGUUCAUCUCUCACCGCGCGUCAACAAACAUCUCCUCCUCCUCCACCUCCGCCGCAAGUCCGGAUUUACAGCCCAAAGCGAGUAACGGGAUCCAGAAGUUGCAGAAUCAGUUCUUAAGGGUCAAGGAGGCGGAGGGCGCGCAAGGGGAGGGAGCGGGAGCGGAGGCGAUUGAUUGGGACUUUUGGGGGAGGGUCAUGAAUGACUAUGAGGAGGUUGCGAGGACUCAGCCCCGCGAGCUGUCCAGAGCGAUUCAGCGCGGGAUCCCUCCUGCACUACGAGGAAUGGUGUGGCAACUCAUGGCCGCCGCCAAAGACGAGAACCUCGAAUUCGUCUACUCGGAACUCCUCAAACAGUCGUCCCCGCACGAGAAGAGUAUCGCGAGGGACUUGAGUCGGACGUUUCCCAAGCAUGAGUAUUUCAGUGAUGCGCAGGGAGUGGGGCAGGAGAAUUUGUUCAACGUCGUCAAGGCAUAUUCGCUCUACGAUGACGAGGUGGGCUACACCCAGGGCCUGCAGUUCAUCGUCGGACCUUUACUCCUCAACAUGCCCGACGAAGAAGCCUUCUGCGUCCUCGUCCGACUCAUGAAAGCCUACGACCUCCGCUCGCACUACACGCCCAACAUGCCCGGUCUCCAACUACGCCUCUUCCAGUUCGACCGACUCGUCGAGGAGUUGCUGCCGAGCGUGUUCUUGCAUCUGCUGAGGCAGGGCGUCAAGAGCAGUAUGUAUGCGAGUCAGUGGUUCUUGACGUUGUUUGGCUAUCGUUUCCCCCUCGAACUCGUCUCCUCCGUCUUCGACCUCGUCUUCGCCGAAGGAGUCGAAGCCGUCUUCCGCUUCGCCAUCGCCCUCCUCAAGCGUAGCGAGCCCUACCUCCUCACACUCGAAUUCGAGGACUUGAUUGAUUUCCUCAAGAAUGGGCUGUUUGAGGUUUAUGCGCCCGAUGAGGGGGAGCUCGAGCGGGAUCCGCAGGCGCAGUACAAGGUACACGAGUUCGUCCGCGAGGCGUUGCAGGUCCGGAUAACGCCGAUGAUGCUGGACCAAUUCGGCGAGGAAUGGGCCAACCUCUGCGCCGCCCAAACCGCGCACGCCGCCGAACUCGACUCGCUCCGCAAAGCCAACCUCCAGCUCUCCAUCCAAGUUCGGCAGCUCGAGACGAGUCUCGCGCAGAUCAACCAGGAACACUGCGAGUUGGUCAAGCAGGUUGUGGCGUCGAGAUUGGAGAGGGAGGAGUUGGAGGAUGAGUUGGUCAAAUACAAGCUCGCAUAUGCCGACUUAUCGCAUCUCGCCGCCGCCUCUCAAGCCUCGACCUCCCCUCUGCAAAUGCGCCGUCAAAGCGAGAUGAGCAUCUCGUCCUCGCUCUCGCUCGACCCGCGCGAAGCCGAGGAAGACACCUCUUCCCGAGGCGGAGGAAGCGCGCGAGGCAGCAUCGGCGGCGGGUUUGGGUUGGGCGGAGGAAGGUGGUUCUCGGGUUCUAGCUCGGCGAUGAGCCAGAACGGGAGUAGUCAGGGGUACUGA